UGACGUCGUCACUAGACACACAUACACUGUCUCUCAUCCUCUCUCUCCCUCUCUCUCUCUCUUGAAAAUGGCGACGACGAGAGAUAUCGUUAGGGUUUUGUUCAUCGUCAUGUUCUUCUCCAUGGCUCUUCAUUGGCCUCUCGCUCGAUCUUCAAGAACCCGGUUUUUGAUAGGAGAAAUAGAGGAGAGCACCGAAACGAUAACGAAAAAGGAGAUGUUGACGGUGACGAGAAAGAAAAUAAGCUAUGGAGGAUCAGCAAUCGAAGUUCAAGGAAGACAAGUUCCGACCGGACCGGACCCUCUUCACCAUAACAACACUCCUUAUGCUACUCCUUGAAUUUCCCUUCCCCCUUUUUUUUUAACUUUUAUUUUGUUUGAAUUUUUAACAUGGGUCUAUAACAUUUUCACAUUCGAAUAUUGU